UGGAACGACAACUAGAAGUCAUCUUCUCGAUACCUGGCUACAUUGCUAUCAUGCGCUCCACUGCAGUACUCAGUCUCUACGCGUUUGUCACGGUCGCCACCGCGUCGCAGAUCGUGAGCAAUAGUCCAGCAUUCACAGCUGCUGGAAGAAAAGGGUGCAUCACUGCAUCCUCUAACGCCGACAAUGCUGCCGUCGUCAUUCAAGAUUGCAACACGACCGUUGCAGGACAAGACUGGGCUUACACUCCCUUAAGCGGUGCACUUCAGCAACUCAGGGUUCUCGGUGACAAAUGCUUGGACGUCACUGGCGGUGUCAACGCCGACGGUACUAAACUCCAAAUCUUCACUUGCACCACGGGAAACACAAACCAACUCUGGCUCAAUUUCGGCGACCACACGUUCCAAUGGUCUGGCACUAACAAGUGCGUCGACCUCACAGACACCAACACCAACAACGGAAACCAACUCCAAAUAUUUUCCUGCACCCCCGGGAACACGAACCAACAAUGGACCGAUCAACCCAUUGCCCCUCCUACAGGUGGCGUCCGGCUUCGUGAACCUAGUACAACCGUCCCAGUUUGCUUGACAGCCGUUUCCAACGCCGACAAUGCCGCACUCACUCUCGACCACUGUGGUAGCCCACCUGCUGGUGCGAACGAUACUUGGGUUAUUCCCGCUCCCGGAACUUCCGGCCCCAUCACCACAUUCGGCGGAACCAAAUGUCUCGAUGUUCCGAAUGGAAACCCGGCCAACGGGAACUUGCUACAAGUCUUCACUUGUGUUGCGGGGAACACGAAUCAGGUGUGGACUGUUGGUGCUGUGGCGGGGAAGAGACAGCUUAGUUGGAGUCUGCCUGGGCAGAGUAGUAAGUGUGUGGAUGUGAAGGAUUCGGUGCUUUCACCUACUGGGAAUGCACAGAUUCAAAUUUGGGAUUGCGAUGCCGGUAACUUGAACACUAACCAAUGGUGGUUCCCUCAGUGAAGCGGCAAUUAAUUAGGUUUGGUUCGGUUGAACGUAGGCAAAAGACUUUCCUCG